AGCACCACCUGUGGCGGGUGAGUCAGCCAGCAGCGCAAAGCGACCCCCGCAGCCGUGUUUUUGAGAAGGGGGUCACUGUGAGCCUGAGAGGGGGGCCGAUGUUUCACUCGUGAGGAAGUACGGUGUUGUUUGAGCUGCCGAUGUCCCCUGCACACUCAGUUAAUCAUCUGCCCACGCCAGGAUGCACAGCUCCGCUCUGCAGAUUCAGAGAAAUGUUUCCGCCUGUUUGUCAGCACCGCUUUUUUGACUGGUCCGCGUAGACGCCGAAGCACCGCCGCUGCCGCCGCCGCCGCCGCCACUGCUGAUUGUUUUUCAAGUUUUCAUCAUCGCUUCCGUCUUCUGACAGCGUGAUCUCAAGGUGUGAUUUUCCUCGAGAAGCGCUCUCGGUGAUCAUUUUGUGGCCACACGCAGUAAUGCGAGCAGAAGGGCUGGAGUCUGGCGGAGAGCGGGACUGAGCGGCGGAGAUCUCACAAGACACCGUGCGCGUCUUUCUUGGACACAUCUCGGAGAUAACUGUGGUUCGGCUCUCUUAGCCUGCACUCUUCUUCUUGGCAUUGCGAUGUCUACAAGAAAGACAUCGUUGACGGACAAGCAGACUAAAAACGGAACGUCCAAAUAUGUGUUGGAGAGAUGCGCGUCUAUUAACGAGUAUUAUGAUAUUGCAUUCAAGGUGAUGCUGCUGGGAGACUCAUCUGUGGGGAAGACGUGCGUCUUGGUGCGCUUUAAGGAUGGGGCAUUUCUGGGAGGCAACUUUAUAGCCACCGUUGGAAUAGACUUUAGGAACAAAGUGGUGGAUGUCGACAACCUGAAAGUCAAACUCCAGAUCUGGGAUACAGCUGGCCAAGAGAGAUUCCGCAGCGUAACACACGCCUACUACAGAGAUGCCCAGGCGUUACUUCUGCUAUAUGAUAUCACCAGCAAGCCAUCAUUUGACAAUAUCAGGGCCUGGCUGACUGAAAUACACGACUAUGCCCAGAAGGAUGUGGUCAUCAUGUUGCUCGGCAACAAGUCAGACAUGACUGCAGAGAGGGUUGUGAAGACGGAGGACGGCGAGAAGCUGGCGAAGGAAUAUGGUGUUCCCUUUAUGGAGACCAGUGCAAAGACAGGAGUCAAUGUGGAGCUGGCCUUUCUCGCUAUAGCAAAGGAGCUGAAGCACAGAGCGACACAGCAGCCCAAUGAGCCCAAGUUCCAGAUACACGACUACAUUGAGUCUCAGAAGCAGAAGUCUGGCUGCUGUGGACUGAUGUAGCUGAUCACCAGGCAGAGGGACACACACAGAAAGAGAGAGUAAGAGAGAGGAAGGGAGGGAGGUUAAAAAAACAAAAGUCUGCUCCCUUACAAAAAAAAGCCAAUCCCAGCACCAAGCCUGAGAAGUGGACGUCCUCGUCUUCUCCACUGAGCUUUUAUCUGAAUGGAAGUGAAUAUGGAUUGGCCUGCCAUCCCUUAUCCAAAAUGUGAAUUUAAAUCUCUUUUAUGUCAUGCGUAGAAAUGUUUGUGGUCUUUGUUGUGACAGUUGUAACAAAAUACAAGUCAGGAGUUACAAUCUGAAAUGCUAUAUCCAUCUGCAGGGACAAACACAUAUUAAUCAAUGUACUCCGCAUAGCUGCAAACAUGGAGCACUGAAUGACCGCCACUCAGUGUGGCACAGACAGUGACAUCGAGCAGGCAGUCAGGGCUAACCAGCACGAGAAGCCGUGGUCAGACUGGAAUGACAGGGAGUCCUCUGGGGCUGUGACAGUCACUAGAAGCACAUUUACGACCCUGCGUGAGAAUCUGUGCCGUAGUCGGGGCUCACGGCUCCGCUAUGAGAGGCUCUCUGGACGUAGCCUUGCUUUUCACAGUUAAUGUUUCUAUAUGUCAGCCCUAGAUAUCUUGUUAAACUCUGAAUAUAGCACAUGUGUUGUGUUUGCUGCCGCUGCAGAGAAAUAAAAGUUGCUUUCUGGUGCUCACCAUACUUGUUAAUGUUUCAUGCGAUAGACACAAAAUAAGAAGUUGGGCAGCCAGUGUUGUGCUUUUAAUACUUUUGUUCAACAUAAAUAAUAGACCUCUGGGUCUUGCAUAUCUCGUCAGAGAGAGAAGCGAGAGAGUUCGCUCCCUAACGACAUUUUCAGGUCGUCUGUGGAUGGCAACAGUAGUUUUGUGAAACUCUCAUGCAGCACUUGAUUCAACCCCUGACUCUGCACACACUAGCAAUGGCAGACGCUUUAAAAUAUUCUUGUCUCGCCAUGCUCUCAGAUUAUACAUAAAGACAGGCGUAAGCAAUAGCAGGCAAUAUGGCGCAUUUCUAGUAACAGAAUCAACACACUUGAAAUUUCGCAGGUAAAUCGAAAGAGUCAAAUCGUACUGUUGUGGGCUACUAGCUGUUACAGUGCGCAGUAAUCUAAAUCUGUGCUACAGAUUAGUCUAUUCCGAUGGUUGUGUGGCCAUGACAACCAUGUGGUGGACAUUUUUACAACGUCAUAGUAACAUAUAGCUACAGCCAGUAUGUGCAACAUUGUAAUUUGAAGAAAGUAUGUGGCUUCUCUUUAAUUAAGGCAGGCAGCGAAAUUGCUUUGGUUGCUGUACGUUGAAAUGAGUCUGUAUGUCUGAGUCUCAGUAACACGUUCAUGGCCCAGUGGCAGCACGCGACACAUCAAAGGCGGCAAGUCGAAAAGCAAAGUUUGGCCCUGAACUGUCCCUUUCUUACAUCUCACUGGAGUUUGCAGGCCUGGCUACUGAUAAAUGGUAGUUUUGUGCGAACAAUCAAUAUGACUGUUUCUGUGGAUAUAGCAUUUAGCCAUGCAGCUCUUAGUUUGUUUUCAUCCCAGUUAUGCAAGGCUGGGAACUUAAUCCUUUUUGGCCUUACAGUCUUCAUCAUCAUUCUUUGAUAAUUUGGUGUGUUUGAGAAGUGGACUUCAUUUCCACAGUCAGAUUGUAGCUAAAUGACCCCAUCUGUUCACAUCUGUACUGCUGUUAGAUAGAAUAAAGCCAAUGUCAUGAGGGCACUCGCCCACUUUGUGUCUGUCUGUACAUUCAAUUCAGGGCCAGUGAAACUUACAUUACAUUACAUUCAAAGUACUGUACAUGUAACUGUGCAGGAGGAUCGUCCCACUGUUGCACCAGGCUACAUUACAAAGACAUUAUCUUUUUCUUUGGUUUUGAUUACUAGGCAAGCAAUUUGCCUUUUAAAAUUCACACACAGGGACACACGCAGCACCCCAAACAUUGUUGUGUCUCCUUUAGCGAUGGAUGUUGUUGUCUAGACUGUACAGAAGCUGUAUAUGUUCACGCACCGCAUCGUGUAACUUGUUUCUUUGUACAACUUUCAUUAUGAAUGUUUGCUUUGUCGAACUUGCUCAAUGUCACAUUUGUCCCUCUGCUGAGGCGUCACGGUGAUCACAAAGUGCCAUGAAAAAGUGCUUUGUUAUCAUAUUAUAUAUAAAAAUAUAUUUUGUAAUGUA